AUGUGCGAAUAUCUCGCACAAACCCGCAGGCGCCUACUGGAGCAGGGUGUUUUAACAUCGCCUCUGUCAAGCAUUGAACACAAUGCGCUCGCCGAGGCGAGGCGAGCGCAUAAUCUCUCCUUACGCCGCCCGCCGCCGCAGGACUUUUACGAGGACGGCGCCCAAGCGCGUGUGCGCACAGACAACGCCGCCAAACAUCGAAUCUCAACACACGAUGCCGCCGCAACCGCAGGCACCGCUGUCUCAGCGAGACCCGCGUCGUCGUCGCCUGGCGGAUGCGCCCAUGGGCAUGACGCCCACCAUGGCGCCCCCGCACCCCAUCAAGCGACGGCUCAAUCAGAGCCGCAGGACACGGCGGACACAAAUAAAUUGACGACCGCCCCGCCCAUGGGCAUGACGCCCACCACGGUGCCUCCCGCACCCCCACAAGCGACGGCUCAAUCAGCGCCUCAAGACGCGGCGAACUCGUACGCCGCGACGACUGCCUCGCCGGCAGUAGCCCGCCGGCCCCCCCUCGCACCCCUGCCCCCCGCCGCGUCGAAACCGAAAUAUCCGCCGUUUGUGAUCGAGUCCCUCCCUGACUGGACGGUACACGUCAGGGAGAUGAAAAAAAGGCUCGGGCGCACGGUCAACGCGCGCGCUUUUGGGCAGGGGUUGAAAAUCAUCCCAGAAGACGAGGAAGAGUACCGUUUGGUACAACGGUACCUUGGGGAGUUGGAGAGUAGCGGCGUCAACGUCGUUUACUUUUCCUACUCCCUACCAGCAGAGAGGCAGCUGAAGGUGGCAGUUCCGGCGGAUACGGAGCCCGAGGCCAUCAUGGCAGAGCUGCGCGACCUCGGGUUUGAGCCGGAACACGCUCAGCCCAUACGCGCCAGGAAGGGUAGACCGGGGUGUAUCUUCCUAGUAAUUUUGCGCCGCACCCCCGACCUCACCCCCGCUAUAUAUGGCAUCAAGGAGUUGCUGUGUAUACCGGGGGUCACGAUCGAGUCUUGGCGGGGCAAAAGGGGCCCCGCCCAAUGUCACCGGUGCCAAGGAUUUAGACACUCUUCGCACCAAUGCCACCGGGCCUUAGCCUGUGUGAGGUGCGGGGAGGGACACCACACCGCAGAUUGCCCCCUGCCAAAGGGGGCAACGCCGAAGUGCGCCAACUGCAAGGGGGCGCACCCGGCAAACCACAGCACGUGCCCUGUGCUAAAGGAGGAGGCGCGCAAUAAGCGCGUAGGCACAGUGGCACACGCCACACGGGGCAUGGGCGCCUCGAAGGCGCGCGGCGCACAUGGCGCGCCUGGCGCGCCUGGCGCACCUGGCGCAAGUGGCGCACGGGGCGCGCGUGGUGCGCAUGGCGCACAGAGCGCGCGUGACGCGCAUGGCGCGCCUGGCGCGCAUGGCACACAUGGCGCACCUGCUCCUGCACCCACGCAACAGAGAAACGAGCCGCGCACGCAUGCGCAGGCUGAGCCGCGCGCCCAUGGGCAGCACGUUUCGUACCAUCGUGAUGUAGACAUCAUCUCCUACCCUACGGAGCCCCUGCGAGGUCAGCGUAGGCGCCCCAGAGGGCCGCCGCCGACACCGCUCCAGCCGAUGGAGCCACCAGAGCCGCCGGACAGCGAGCCGCACGCCCCCAUAGUGGGGGCCCACUGGGGGGCCUAA